AUGCCUCUCUUUGAAAAGUAUCCGUGUGACAAUACCACAGCGCCGACAUAUUUAUCUUUCUCAACGGCCUCUUGCUCCGCUCUCAUUGCAUUCAUCGCGACUGUUGGAAACUUCCUUGUGAUUCUUGCUGUUAUCCUAAACCCCUGCAAGGACCUGCGAUCACCUUUCAACUACUUUGUAGCCAAUCUGAGCUUUGCGGAUCUUGUUGUUGGCGUAAUCGUUGCUCCCUUAAGCGCAGCCCAGCAUGUUAUGGAGGGAUUCAGUCUCCGGAAUAAGUACCUAGAAGAUACGCUGCGUGUAGUUAAUUUUAUCUCCUGCACCGCUUCACUUCUGAGCCUAGCAGCCUUGGCAUUAGAUCGGUACGUUGCCAUUACGCACCCCUUGUUUUACAGAAGCAAGCUCAAUCCGGUUCGAACAUUCUUAGUGUGUCUUGUUGUUUGGAUCAUCUCCAUUUCAUUAUCGGUCUCCUAUUUUGUGGUAGGCUACAAAAAGUUACGUUUCAUCUUCGCGAAUACUGCCGUCGCUGUGACAUUUUUUGUACUACUUUUUACCAACUCAAAAAUUUUCAGUUUCCUCCGCGUACAAGUAAAUCAAUGGGACAACCUGCAUAACACUACCGCGGAAAACUUGGCGAAGAAACGAGCGAUUAAGUUGGAGAAAAAGAUCACAAAGACACUUUUUAUUGUAUUGCUGUUAUUUUUAGCUUGUUAUCUGCCAUCGUGCAUUUGUAUCUAUAUCAUCAAUUUUUGCGCUGGCUGCCGUUGUGUGUUUAUUCACUGGGUCAGAGACAUUCAGGUUGUUCUCGUGAUGGCAAAUUCGGCAGUAAAUCCGUUCGUGUAUGCAUUAAGGUUAGCGAACUUCCGCAAAGCCUUUAGGAGUAUCUUGACGUGCCCUGCAUGCCUUCGUCGACUACGUCCAUCUAAAUAAAUCUGACGCAAUUAUCUACAUUAAGCACUGAUGAACCAUCGAAUACUAAUGCUGGUGGAGGACAAGCAGACGUCUGUUGAAUAUACAGAGAAUAUAGAAACUGUUAAAGAAGAUUGACUUAAGACUAUGACGCUAAUUAUUAUAAAGGAAAUAAAGGUAGAUGUAAAUAAUCAACCAUAAGAGGACACAGAAAAAAUCUGAGCCCCAGAUGGGAUUCGAACCCACGACCCUCCGUGUUCUAGAUCGGAUGCUCUGACCUCUGAGCUACUGAGGACUCGUUGGCGAGCAAGGGUCAUUUUUUGUGGGUUGGACUUGCGAACCGCAUCUCGCAGUCACGAAGUCCAUCACAAGCAACACAUUAAAGCUUAAAUGUAUCACACAGUCACAUUAAUAGUAAGAAAUGUCUCACUCAUAUUAUUAUAUUAUAUUAAUAUCAGUGGCAUAGGUUGGUUGGUUGGAGGCUCCUUCAUGAGUGAGACAUUUCUUACUAUUAAUGUGACUGUGUGAUACAGUUAAGCCUUAAUGUGUUGCUUGUGAUGGACUGUGUGACUGCGAGAUGCGGUUCGCAAGUCCAACCCACAAAAAUGACCCUUGCUCGCCAACGAGUCCUCAGUAGCUCAGAGGUUAGAGCAUCCGAUCUAGAACACGGAGGGUCGUGGGUUCGAAUCCCAUCUGGGGCUCAGAUUUUUUCUGUGUCCUCUUAUGGUUGAUUCUUUACAUCUCCCUUUAUUUCCUUUAUAAUAUUAAUAUCAGUGGCAUUUGACGCUAAUUAUGCGCCUGAAAUUCUUUUGUUCUCUAUGUAGCCUGAUUUUUUCACCAGAGUCAGUAGUUUGGAUGUUGAAAUUACCCGCGAGAGGAAAACAAAAUUAAUCUCACAGUUCUCAAUUUCAUUCUUCUUGUAGACGACAUUCACCUUUCCCCACAACAACCGGAAGAGUUUCUUUGUUUGUUUUACUAUUAUGAUUACAAUAAUCAUCAAUAUGACAUAGAUCAAAAUAAAUGAAUAAAUAAAAUAACCGAUAAAUAAAUGAAAAAUAAACAAAAAAGGGGAAUUAUUUAGCACUGAAAUAUUUUGCCUGUCAAUCAGCGUCGCUUCUAAUCUAAGGAUUGAUGAUUGAACUGUUCAAAUACUCAUUACAACGUAGCUCCUCACAUCUCCAGGCAAUCAUUGCAGCUACGCGUGUGUGGAAGAUGGUCAGGCAGUUCUGAGCUGCGCUGGAGUACAUAGAAUUGGACCAAACAUCGUUGAAGACAACAUGCACAUCUUAAAGAAGUAACUUUUCUUCAAUUUAUAUAAAUAAGUUUUGUUGACUUGUCAAUUGAAUACCAUUUGGAGUGCGUAGUUUGUUUUAUAUAGACACUGCCACCUAGACUAGUCUUUGCUAUUUGUGGACCGUGUGAAAAUAAACUUGUUAAAAUCUGAAUUAACCAAUAAAAUGAAAUGAAAUCUUCCUUCUUCCAAAAAAAUUACUUCGAAGGGUGGGAAUGCGUUGAUUGAAGCAAAUAUCCCACAGCAUCGACUAAGGGUCAAGAAGGAUGGCUAAAAAUUCCUUGACCCAUGUAAGGAGAGAUUUUCCAUUUAUUCUUUAUUUGAUUCGAAUUUCAUAUCUAGCUUUUAAAUAUUCCCUUUGAAGUUGUGUUAGCCGUAAUUUACAUUGAAUUUGCAUUGAGUUGUUUUAGUUCCCUUAAAUUAUGCACAUUUUACUUCAAUGUUUACUUUUAAAAGGAUAAUUUGUUUCUGAAUAAUUAUACAGCUUAGUCAUUGAAUAACUGGAUCUUUCGCCUGUUCAAAUACCAACCGUUCGUAGUUUUUAGUUUUGACAUUUUGAGGGAUCCUGAGCAAAGGAAACUCGAAUUAUUUUACACAGCUUUCUUUGUAAACUUCCUAAAUUCAGUUGCUUGACUGACAUUUAAUUUGAGCUAUUUAGUUUAGCAUAUGAAGUUUUAAACUGAGUUUGUCCAGAUUUGUUUUCGCUGUUCAGCUGAUUUUAUUCAGCCUUCUUUCCUUUUGUUUUGUGAUGUUGUAGUGGGUUGAUCGGUUGUUAUAAAUAGAGCACUGAUUAUUCCUGUUGUACGAUUUACAUUGCGAGCCGGAGUUACAGGCUUGUACGAUUUUACAUUGCGGAUUUAAUUGAUUGUACAAGUUACGUUAACGAGCGGAAGAUUAAACUGUUGAAGUCCAAGCUUGAGUCCUGUACUGUUUCCAGUUGUAGCAGAUCCGGUACCUUGGAAUUGUGACGAGUUCCUUUCCCGCUUGCCAAGCGAGUUGCGAGUUAGUUUUCCCCCUUGUUGUUCUUACGCCGAAGUCUCCCGAGUUCUCUUUACGCUCAAUUCCCCGAUUCGUUGCUGGAAGGGCAAAACCUAUCGUCACACCCAAUAUUCUAAAACCUACAUUUUUUCAUGCGUUUAAGGCUCGCGUAAUAUUCAACAUUUGUCAAAUUCAAAGCUACAUGUACGACGCCUCCGCUGGUUAGAAAAUGUCGCUCAUUGGAAAGUAUCCUUGUAGUAAUGUAACAGCGCCGACAUAUUUGUCUUUCUUGACUGCUUCCUGUUCUACACUGAUCACGAUCGUUGCUUCCUUGGGAAACUUCCUUGUGAUUCUUGUCGUUUUCCUGAACCCCAACAAGGACCUGAGAUCACCGUUCAACUACCUUGUAGUCAAUCUGAGUCUGGCAGAUCUUAUUGUUGGUCUCAUAACUGCUCCUCUCGGUAUAGCUUUUCAUUUUUUCGAGGGUUUUGGAAUCCCUAAUCGACCCCUCAGAAGAACGAUGCAUGUUUCAUUUUUCAUAUCCUGCACUGCUUCUCUUCUGAGCUUAUCUACCCUAGAUCGUUACGUCGCUAUUACAUAUCCUCUAUUCUACAGAUCGAAACUCAAAGCAACACGAAGUUUAUUAGUUUCUACUGGUGUCUGGACCGUGUCUGUUUUAUUAUCCAUGAUUUAUUACUUUGCAGUAGGCUAUGACAAGUUUCAAUCUGUUCGUCUUCGCCAACACUGCAGUUGUCGUGACUUUCGUGUUGCUUUUCACCAACUCGAAAUUUUAAAGUUCUUGCGAGCUCAAGUUAGAAAAUGGGACAACUUGCACGGCAACACGAAAAUCUGGCGAAGAAGCAAGCGAUCAAGUGGGAGAAAAAGAUCACAAAGACGCUUAAGCUUGUUAUUGUGUUGA